AUGCCUGACGAGUGAAGUUCCCUAUUUGCUCACAGAAAAAAAAACAGCACCCUACAUGUUUUUCCAUGUAGCCUCCUCCCUGUGUGUCCUGCUAGAGUAAACCCCCCCCCCCCCCCCCCUCCAGAUAGGCAAUACUGCCCUGUCCCCUCUCCGCACCACCGCCCCUCCAUAUCCACCCGUCACAAUGCUGCUCCACCUCAGAAUGGCCAACACCUAAAGAUUCCCAUGCGUCCAGUGAGCGACGAUUCGGACGGUCCUGCUCCUCUUGAAAGCUUCUCGUGCCCCCUAACCCCAGUCAGCCCCCUGCCCGCCUCAGAGAUGUCCCUGCUCCACUCUCUGGGCCCAGUGCAGAGCUGGCUGGGCCAGGAGCUGGAGAAGUGCGGGAUCGACGCCAUGAUCUACACCCGCUACGUCCUCAGCCUGCUCCUGCAUGAUAAUUACGACCUGCAGGAUCAGGUUGGUGUCCAGCAGCGGCAAUGUCUUGUUACAAACGUUAUGGUAUCUAGUUCCCCCACUUAGUUAAACAUACACAUAGCCAAUGAAGAAGAUGUUCUGUUUAGUAUUGAUUUGAGUCAGUUGAUUUUAUGUGGUUUAAGUGAACCUAAUGAUUUAAAUCCAUCUAUUUGAUUUCUUACACUUUCAAUAUUUUAAAACAUGCUUUUCCCUUUCCUGUGUAGAUGAGCUGUGUGGUUAAAUAGCUGAUGUAAAUGUGUGCGCAGGAGAAUGACAUCUUGUUGGGCUGGGAGAAGGGAACUGGGAAGAAAUGGGCCAAGAGUAAGAAGAGAGGAGGAGGGACGGAUCUGAGUCUGGAGGAGAUAAAGAAACAAGCCGCUGUGCAAUGUCUGCGUUCAGCAUCUGAUGAAGUAAGUGCCGUUCCGCCCCCCCAGUGUCGCAACAAAUUGGUUCUAUUCACCCCGGGAUUUUUGUGCGCUUGCGGUCUACUCACAGCAUUGCUCGUGCACUCUUUGAAGCUUGAGUAUUCGGGAGCAAAACAUAGACUGAUGGUUGGUACAGCAGAUCAGUGGUUAUUUUUUAAACACACCAGCCUGUAAGCUACAAAGCUGAACAUGUUGAAUCAAUGAAGGACGCAUGUGUAUGUGUAAAUUGGCUAAUGAUCCGUGUCUGUCAGGACUGUGUUACUGUAAUUCUGCGCCUUUUGCCUGUUGAAGUUCAGUCAUGCAGAUAUGAAUUGCAUAAAUCAUGGUGAACGGUCAUUGCAUAAAGCAAAUUCCCUGUAAGGGGAACAGGGGAAGACCCUCAGUCAAACCACCAUCGUAAUCAUGUGAUACUUGGCAUUGGCCAGGCUCAUUUUUGUGAUUACUCUCCUGAUAUAAUGAGAGUUUACUGGUGAGGUUGGAUUGAGUUUAGCAGAGGGAAGAAUUGUGAAAUGGUGAAAGACUCCCAUUUGCUCUGACACUUUUACACUGUAUUGAGAUUGUUAUGGGUGACCUUGCAGAGGUUUCCUUGCAUUUUAAGUUCACCGUUUUAAUAAGCCUGCAUUAUAAUCUUUCUGUGCCCUUUUUCAAGCAAAAUCUGAUAGAAUUUGCUGACGUUUUCCUUAGCGGUUGGUUGUUUGGCAGUAGUAUAGUAUCGGCAGUAGCGUGAGGGCUGGGGUAGAGCUGGAGGGUGGGUGUGUGUGGGGUGGGGGUGGGGUGGGGGAGUGUCUGCAAGGCAGAGGAGGAGUGAUCUGCUCUCUGGGUACUGGACUCUGCAGUCUAUUUUUUUUUUUUUUUAGCCAGCACACGCUGCACGGGAUUGCAGCAUAGAGAGUGGAGAGUGCGUUGCCUGUCAGCUGACCGGCAUUGGCACAAUGAGGCAAGGAGAAACACAGGGCCAGGGGAGAAACUUGGAGCGGCAUGGUAUGGAAUGUUACUUUCUGUUAGAAAGAGAGAGUGUGAGUUAAAAGAUUUGGACUAGUCCCACCCUGGAUAUUGUGGUGGAUAUUUCUGUCCUCACUGAAUGCAGUUGCUUUUCUGGCAGUGCCUGUUGCCUACCGGUCUGUUGACAUGGCUGUCUUUUUAAAUAGACCAGAUCGUUGCAGGCCUUGUUUACAGCGAACGGAUUACUUAAUCUUUGUUCAGAGAGUAGGAUAUCAGUGGCUAUAAGGAAGAAGUAGGCGUCUGAGAGGUCCUAGUUUGGCUAAUGCCUGAUGUUUUCUAAGUGUUUAGAUGGAAAGACGGGAGGUGGUUGUUUGGGCUAUGCUUAGUCAUUUCUCCCUCACUGCUAAAUUGAAAAGUCAUGGUACAGCAUGUCCGGGCUCUGACAGUCAGCUGGUUAGACUUCUGUCAGGCCCAUGUUAAUACCCUCUAGUCAGUGUUACAAUGGGGUCAAAGUUAUUUAAGCAAUAAGGCAUGAGGGGGGGGGUGGUAUAUGGCCAAUAUACCACGGCUAAGGGCUGUUCUUAGGCACGACGCAACGCGAUGAACAAAGCCCAGAGGUGCCUUAUUGCUAUUAUAAACUGGUUACCAAUGUAAUUAUAGCAGUAAAAAUAAAUGUUUUGUCAUACCCGUGGUAUACGGUCUGAUAUACCACGGCUGUCAGCCAAUCAGCAUUCAGGGCUCGAACCACCCAGUUUAUAAUGUUGGAUACAUCCAAUCACUUUAUGAAUGGUCUGAAAGAUGCAUAUGUUUUUAUUAAUGUUCAUUCACUGCUGUUUCGCACACAGGGCUCAUUAGGUUAUUCUGUUUAGAUUCUCUUCAAUGGACUCUUGGCCAGAUACAUUCUUAGAUGUUACAUAUUCUCCCUUCUUUUUCCCCCAAAGAACUCUGGAAUUGAGAGCCUGGUAGAGGAGCUUUGCUCCAAACUCAAGGACAUCCAAAAUAAACAGAAAGGUUUGCAUCUUUGGUUCAUACAUUUUCUGCCCUGUUAUAACAAAGUAGUAAAUAUGACUCCUUCUUAUCGUAUCAAUUAUAAUCUGUUCACAGAAGAAAAACAGCUCAAGAAAUCUGAUGGAUGUCAGUCUCCUGAAGGAGUUGAGUCUCCUUCCUCAAAGGACCAGGUUGAAAUGUAAGUUGUUGUUUUACCCAAAACCACAAUAAUACUUCAUUCAUAAUCAUGUCCUGACUAGCUGGCACAACUAUUCAUAUUUGAUUUUGUUGUACGUCCAUUAAAAUAUGUGCUUAUUUAUUUUAUGUGCUUUGUUGUAUUUUACGGAUUGAUCUUAAUUGACAACAUUUUCUCUCCUUGUUGCAGGUAUUAUGAAGCCUUUCCUCCUUUGUCAGAGAGAUCUGUUUGUCUCCAAGAGAUCAUGACGGUGUGGAACAAGGCUAAAGCCAUUGCUUACUCCGGCUCAUCAUCUUCCGCGGCCCCGCAGACCAGCACCGACACCUCCUCCCCAAAAGAUUGCAACAGCGAUGGUGAAGCUGCUAAGGAGAGAACCCCUGAGGCAUGCAGCACCACCACCACCAACCCAACCAGCCAGAGGGCCCAGCAGCGACGCAGCAAGAAGGAGAAAGAGAACCGAUUCCAUGGUGGCGCAACAGCAGAGGACCGAGCCUCCGUCCAUGGCAAGAAGCAGGUGAGGCACAGGUCAGAGGGCAAGUAUCGCCCUCGCUCCUGGUCCUCUGGUUCUAGUGAGGCUGGCUCGAGCUCUAGCGGGAACCAGGGUGACUCCAAAACGUCCAGCAGCAAGGCAGGCAGGAUCAGGCACAAGUCCAAGGAGGCGGGCAGCAGGAGUAAGAGGGGGCGCAACAGCGGACAAGUGAAGCUAGCUCUGAAGGCCAUCGACAAAGAGGAGCGGAGGAAUGCUGGAGGCAGCAGCAGCAGUGCCACUGGAGGCCCUCCGAGGCAAACGCAGCUCUACAAAAAGGGCAAAAGGCAGCUGAAGGAGCUUCGAAAAGAUCCAGGCUGGGGGGAAGCAAAGGAGUCCGGAGCUGAGGCCAGCAACAAAAAGGAGUACAUGGAGGAGCCCCUGUGGUACACAGAGCCCAUCACAGAGUAUUUAGUACCGUUCAGUAGCAGAAGGAGCAAACUAGAAACAAAGUACCGGAGCAAGUUGCACUCUCCAGACGACUCGACUAUGUCCACUGACUUAGGAAGGCUGUCUGAGAGAAUGCAAGGCAUCUGCAUUGCCAACACAAGCUUCCAGAGGGCGUAUCUGGCAGCGGGCACCUUCGUGGACGGGCACUUUGUUGAGGUGCCAGACGACGCAGACGAGGAGGCUACCGAACUCAAUGGGACCUCAAGCUGCCCUCCGCCUGAUGAUAGUAAAGAUUUAGAUGACGAGCAUCUGUCUGAAUUCACUCACUUCUAUGAAGUCGAUAUUUAUCAAUCCAUAUUGGAUCCUAGUGCCUCAGACUCGGUACAAGAGAGUCGGAUCUUGAGCAUGAUUCGACAGAAGAGCGAAGAGCAAAGAGACUUUGAGGCAGAAUGUUGUUUAGUGUUAGAUGGCCUUGAGCUGCAAGGGGAAAGUGCAAUAAGGGUGGACUGUCAGGACGCUUUGGGAGCUGAUGGGUUCUUCAUGCAGGAUUUGGAAAACAUGGCUCAGGUCUGGGCAUGUUAUUCAUCCUCUAGCUCUGAAGAUAUAGAUGGAGAAAGCUUUGCAGGGGACUCUCCCGUUCGGCUCUCCCCCGCUUUGGACGGCGUUCCAUUCACCAUCGGCAUGCUGCCUGGAAACCUGGAGGAGCCUCAACUCCCAGAAGCCACCAGUGAAGCGCCUGGUCUGAACUCCUCCUGCUUGUGUCUUUCUGAGCUGCAGUACGAUAGCCCUACUCUUCCUUUUCUCACUGCUGGUCACGAAAACAACACAGAUUCAAGUAGCUGUCUAGAUCCACAUUGUAACAAGCAGUCUCGUUUGUUAAUAUGGACCAAAAAUAGUGCCUUUGAUGAAACUGAACACUGUUCAAACCUUUCAACGCGAACCUGCAGUCCAUGGUCGCAUUCGGAAGAGACACGUUCAGACAAUGAGCAAAUAAACGUUCAAACAGAUGAGUCUGCUCUAAUUGGCAAUGAAGAGAUUAAUUUUAUAAUCCCUCCCAUCUCUGGUACAUACCUAGAGGAAGAAAUCCUUGACUUUUUACAAGAAAACACUGGCCGCCAGUGCGAGGAGGCCAAUGUAGGCACAGUGUCCAAUCCGACCAUCGCGAAGAAAUCUAAAUUGGAGUCCAUUUUUGGAAUAGCGUUAGAACAGGACGAGAGCAAACAGUACGACGCUGGCAUGUUUUCAGAUGACACAAACCAACAGAGUGACAACUACAGCAGCUCAGGGAUAAUAAAGGACAUUUGGACAGCUAUCGGAGAUGGGGAUCCCGCACUAUCACUAGGUGAAGAGAAGCCAGGCAAGGGCUUGUUUUCCCAGGAGUCGAGCAGCUACCACAGCGGCUGUCUCGACUUGCAGGCAAAGGAAGUUGGUCCCAUCCAAGGGCCUCCGAAGAAGGCAGUGCAGCGCUCUGAGUACCACCUGUGGGAAGACGGCCAGAACGGAGAGCAGGCCCCCCUGGCUAAAAACCAGCUUUCAAAGAUGAAUGCUUCCGGGGAUUACAUGACGCCGUCCAAGCCCUGGGACGUGAACCCUGAGAAGGACAACACGUCAUUCAUCCUGGGAGGAGUGUACGGCGAGCUGAAGACGUUCAGCAGUGACCAGGACUGGGCCGUGGUGCCGCCCGGCGACGCGAGAGGCAGCCUUCUACAGUGUGCCACUGCUGCCGCCUCGCCCUCUGGCUCAGACGUGGUAACCAUUGCUGGUACAGACCGUGUGUUCAUGAACACAGGCAGCUGCUUUGCCUCCGGCCACAAGCCCCUCUGGAGGCCCCUGGUCUCCUUCGGGCAGAGCGACCAGGCUACUAAAGGAGGUGGGGAUGGAUUGAAUAAGGGAUUUUCUUUCAUCUUCCAUGAAGACUUACUCGGAUCCUGUGCAGGCUUCAGUGGUGAGGAGCCGGGGCUCGACUACCCGUUUGCGUCCUUUGAUCUGAACAAUCCGUUCUCUCAAGUCCUCCAGGUUGAGUGCUCCUUCGAGCCUGAGGACAUGGCUUCGUUCAGCCCGGGGUUCAAGCCCAAAUCUAUAUUGUGCUCGGACUCUGAGAAUGAAGCUUUCCACCCACGGAUAUAUGGCAUCAACCGGACCACCCAGUACAGGGCCAUCCGCAUCUCCCCCAGGACUCACUUCCGACCCAUAUCAGCCUCAGAGUUGUCGCCCGGCGGAGGGAGUGAGUCGGAGGUUGAGUCCGAGAAAGAAGAGGAGAUGAGUGUUCCUGUCCUGGCCCCGCCAGAUAUCUCAGAUGACCCUCAGGCCGACCUCAAACCGCUAGAGGAGGACGCAGAAAACGAGGGCCCAUGCUACGGGAAGUCAGAACUGGAAUCUGGGAAAUUCCUGCCCAGAUUAAAGAAGUCUGGCAUGGAGAAGAGUGCCCAGACCUCACUGGAUUCUCAGGAGGGCUCCAGCACCCUCUUGCCAAUUGCUGAGCAAGAGAUUUGCUUGGACUGCGAAAUGGCGGCUGCAGCAGCAGCAGCAGGAGGAGCAGCAGCAUCGACGGCGAGCGGACGGAUGGAUGUCCCAGUCGACAAGAUUCAGAAGGAAGACUCCUGCAGGGAAAAGGAAGCCUGUAAAUGUGCAGCAGCAGGUCAGAGUCCCACAUAUGGGAAAACCUAUGACUUCGUUGAAGAUUUGCAUGAGGUAAGAAUCUUACAGAAAUGUCGGGUUGUUGGAUCAGAAUUUACCUUUUUGAUUUGUGAAACAGUUUUCCCUUCAUUAGACUAAUGCUUUCCAUUUUUUAUUUAUAGUUCCCGCUAUUAAAUAUUAGCGGACAGGGACGAACUGGCAGCCAGCAAGAUGAGUGCUGGUGGCAGAACACAAUCUGUCCCCCCCUUUUCCCUGGAUCUCAGUGUACAGGUAAGCUCAGAGUUAUAGUAAAUCUAUGUAUCUUGGGCCGAAGGCUAAGAUGACUUCAGAAGUAUUGGUUUACUAUACAGCUGGAAACUUUGAGGUUUGUUUGUUUGUUUGUUUGUCCCGACAUACAGAUGAGUCAUGAAUUGGUAAUAUAUUGUUUAUAUACAACUAGGCUACUUAGUUUAAACUGAAUUACAAAUGUUUAAAUGUGUAUCUUAGUUGCAAGUAUUCAGCAUUCAGUCAGCAUAGUCAUUCCUAUAUGUGUGAGCUGUUCAGAGUGCUUUAGAACAGGGUUUCCCAAACUCUGUUGUGCCCCCAAACUUGGUCCUGCCCCCCCCCCCGGGUGCACAUUUUGGUUUUUGCCCUAGCACUACACAGCUGAUUCAAACCAACUCAUGACUUGCCUAGUUAAAUGAAGGUAAAAAACCCCCCCCACCACCAACAAAAAUCUAACUUUGAUUAUUUGAUUCAGCUGUGUAGUGCUAGGGCAAAAACCAAAAUGUGCACCCAGGGGGGGGAAACCAUGCUUUAGAAUAGAAAUGCCAACACCAGAGAGCUCUCUCUCGCUACCUCUCUCUACCCCCCUCUCGCUCUCGCUCUCUCUCUACCUCUCUCUACCCCCCCCCCUCUCUCUCUACCCCCCCCCCCCCCCCCCCAGUGACACCAUCUUUAAACAAGUUCCAGUUAACACACAUUUAAUCAGUAAUCAAAUACCAACUGUUUCAGUCUUGCUUUGAGCGGAGGAUAAAUGAACACAUGCCCUGUGCACAAGCUCAUCUUUCUCAGCCACUGUCUUUAUUCUCGCAGGGAGCAGCAACAUCUGAGAAGUCCAGCUCUGUGGAGAGGAAGCCUAUCGUCAGGAAGAUAUAGCCUCUUCUCCUUUGACUGCACCUCUACUUGCAGAAAUAUGGGGGACACCUCAGGACUGGGAAACCAUAGGUUUCUGGACGGAGGAACCUCUCCUCCACAUCCCACCCCUAACCCUGCUGAUUUUCAUUUACUAACUUGAAUCUUGUGUAAUCAACAACAACAAAAAGGCGCAAGUAGGAAAAACUCGAAUAUGUUCUACAUGUCUUCAUGUGAUCCCAUAUCUGAAGACGUAUGCAUUUUAGAUUGGUUUUAGUUGAUUCUUUCAGACAUAAUUCAUCAUAAUUAGAGUCAGUUAGAUAUUAGGGACAGUCUUGUGUUUUUUCCCUCCAUCGUUUUUUUCCAACCUUGUUUUUGCUUUUGACCUAGGAUACUGGUAGUUAUGGUGUCCGAAUGGUUGUGCAUGUGCCUGUCCUACUAGUCUCACUCCUUCUUUUCUAGUGUAACUGCUGCAAUUUCCAUGAUGUGACUGUGAUGCCACUCUUCAUAACGUAGUAUGAAAGCACCGCAAUCUCUUUUUCUUAUCAUUCAGAAAGAAUGUGGAGAUUUGAGUUGGAUGUUUAUUUAGGUGACAUGGGUGCCUUUUCUGACUGUGAAGGAAAGGGAAAGAAUGUGUGCAUCUUUCCCCUCAAAAAUCGG